AUGUCUCUUAUGUUGUUUUACUAUUGCAUUUUCCUAUCUAAAUUCUUGCGGAUUGAAGCAGUUCAAAUAGCAUGUAGUGAAGGAUGGUUUGGCUCCAGCUGCCAAUACAAAUGUCACUGUGUCAACAACAACUGUGAUGGCCAAGGUCUGUGUUUAGCUGGGUCAAGUUGUGAGCGGGGCUGGUUUGGUCCACUCUGUCAGUACCAGGACCUGGCGACGGUCGGAGCUAUUUUGACACCAUCCGACAGUCGUAUCAAUGACGGAAAUGACGAAACAUGUUCCAGCUUGCAAUCUAUAAUGAUCACAUGGGAUAUAGCACACCAGAUCACGUGGGCACGAGUUGAGGUGAUGGGACAAGAAUCACUAUCAAACAUCACAUUUUCAAUAAGAGAAAAGUGUAGCGACAACUGCUCUAUUAUCAUAAGGGAAAUAACUCUGCUGCCUGUAGACGACAGAAUCACAGACAUAGUACUCACCAGAGGUGUACUUGCCAUGGAAGUUACAUUCGACUUUGGUGCAAGUAUUUCUCUAUGUUCCAUCAACAUCAAUGGUGGUCGCAAUGUUGCUCUGAAGCAAGCCACGUGGCAAUCUUCUGUCUACAGAGAGCCUAACUUUGAGUUUGGCUCACAUCUAGCCGUAGACGGCCAUAAUUCCAACAACUUCUACACCUACCUCUCCUGUUCCCAUACACUUGGGGACAUUAUAGGCUCCUGGAAAGUUACAUUAGCCAAGUCAGAAAAUGUGCACAGAUAUGUACUGUACAACCGAGAUAUAAGUCAACAACGCCUCCAAGGGUUUAACCUUGUGGCCUACACCUCAAACAACACUGUGGUACUGAACUACACUGAUCAAGAUGAAGAACCUCAGUCUGUUUACACAAUCACAACAAGAUCAAUGGCUAGUGGAAAAUAUGGUUUGGAAUGUGCCAAGACCUGCAACUGUAACGACCCAACUGAGACAUGUUUUGUGGCAACAGGUGGAUGUCAGUCUGGUUGUGCUGUUGGCUAUCAAGGAGAAGGUUGCACCCAAGCGAGUGUGACAAAUUAUUACGUAGCAAAUAGUACCAGUGCUGGCUGUGUGGACCACAUUGAUGAACAGUGCCCAAACUGCCAUUCAGACUCGGAUAACUCCGGGCUUGAUCAACGCAAACUGCUAAUUAAAAUCUUCAAGCAAGCACAGCGAGUACAGUCAGACAUAGGAAUGAGGGAGAAAUGUACUUCCACGUUCAGCUUAUUAAACACCUUUGGACUAGCUUUGGAAUACAAAUGUGCCAAUAUCCAUUGUUUUUAA